UUGGACCUUUUGACUAUUUUCGUUUUUCUCCCCUCACUUUCACAGCUAAACACUGAAAAAGCUCGAGCGAACAUGCGCGCGGCUACUAACCCUUCCUUCCUUAUCCACCACCACACCUCCAUCGCCUUCGCCGUUCUCCGCUCGAUUCGCCACCGUAUUCCGCUGUUCCCUCCGUCCGUCGUCAAAAUCCGAGCUCAGUCCACGUCCACGUCACACGCCGAGCUCGAUAAUACCAGAACCGGCCGAUCUGGCUCGCUCGCUUCCCCUCCGGCGAAUAUCGAUGCUACGCAGAAGAUAGAAGUUAAUCCGCCCAAGGGAACCAGGGAUUUCCCUCCUGAAGAAAUGCGGCUGAGGAAUUGGCUGUUUCAGAAUUUUAGAGAGGUUUCACAAUCAUUCGGCUUCGAAGAGGUUGAUUUUCCAGUACUGGAGUCAGAGGCGCUGUUUAUUAGGAAAGCUGGGGAGGAGAUCAGAGACCAGCUUUAUUGUUUUGAGGAUCGUGGAAACCGUAGAGUUGCACUAAGGCCAGAACUCACUCCUUCUCUAGCAAGGCUAGUAAUACAAAAAGGAAAAUCUGUUUCCCUUCCGCUAAAAUGGUUUGCCAUUGGACAGUGCUGGCGGUAUGAGCGAAUGACCCGGGGACGCCGUCGGGAGCAUUAUCAAUGGAACAUGGAUAUUAUUGGUGUCCCUAAUGUUGCAGCUGAGGCAGAGCUGAUUUCUUCUAUUGUCACCUUUUUCAAGCGCAUUGGAAUCACAGCAUCAGAUGUUGGGUUUAAAGUUUCUAGCAGAAAGUUACAUGAUUCUGCGUUGGUGUCGAAGCGUCUUGUUUUUAACAGAGUGCAGUAUAUUAAGCAUUUAAGGAACACUGAUAUGCUUCCCAUGUACUGUGUACAGGUUUUGCAAGAAGUUCUAAGGCGUUACUCCGUACCAGAAAAGUUAUUUGGCAGGGUUUGUGUAAUAAUAGAUAAGGUUAGUGACAAUGAGCAUGAGGUGUCUGUGAUCUCAAUUCAUUUUCUGCUCCCGAUUUCUGCUACAUCUGUGCUUCUUUUCAUCUUCCUUCCUUUCUUAUGUCUGUUGGAAAAGAUUCCCAUAGAUGAUAUCAAGAAAGAGCUGAGGUCUGCAGAGUUAUCAGAAGAGGCUGUUGAAGAGCUAUUGGAAAUCCUUACUAUGAAAUCUUUGACAAAAUUGGAAGAGAAACUUGGCGCUUCAGUGGAAGUCCUUGCUGAUUUGAAGCAGCUAUUCUCACUUGCUGAAAAGUACGGUUACUCUGAGUGGAUCCAGUUUGAUGCGUCCAUUGUACGUGGCUUAGCCUACUACACUGGAAUCGUUUUUGAGGGAUUUGAUCGAGAAGGAAAGCUGAGAGCAAUUUGUGGCGGAGGUCGAUAUGACAGAUUACUCUCGACUUUUGGUGGCGAUGAUCUCCCAGCUUGUGGGUUUGGAUUUGGUGAUGCAGUUAUUGUAGAACUGCUAAAGGAGAAGGGACUUUUGCCAGAAUUAAGCCCUCAGGUAAGGAACAUCGUCUGCUCAUUGGAUCAAGAUUUACAGGGUUCGGCUUCUUUAGUUGCUGCAAGACUGAGGGAAAAGGGCCAAAGCGUUGACUUGGUUUUGGAGAAUAAACCGCUUAAAUGGGUAUUUAAACGGGCAGCAAGAAUAAAUGCCGAGAGGCUGAUAAUAGUGGGAAAUGAAGAGUGGCAAAAGGCUAUGAAGGGUUUGUGGUCCAGAGUUGAGAGCGGGAUGGAGAAGGUUAUCAAUGGCCUCAUCAACAAGGAGAUUGAGAGGGUUGUCAAGGAGGGCCUCGUGAAGGAUCUUGGUGACGGCGUGAAGGAGAGUUUCAAGGAGAUUGUCAUGGAGGGACUCAAGGAACGAGUCAAGGGUUUCACCUAUCGUUGUGGUGAAAACAUGCUCUCUGCCACCGUGUUCACCGCGGCACACUUUUAUCUGGUGGAGUAG